AUGUGGGGCGCGACCCUUUUUUUCGCGCUUUUAGUGGCGCCUUCUCGCGGCGGCGCCGGCGAUGUGGACGCGUAUCUCGCCGCGAUUGAAAAAGAGGCCCAAACUUUACUGGAAAAGGGAGCCUUUGCGCAGGACAUAGUUUUAACUCAGAAAGACACCGGUUACGUCCGCACUGAGGGCGCUAAAGCAGGAAGUUUGGUUUUUAAGAGGAAAUCGGGGGAUGAAGGGAAGGCCGUCGUGGGUUUGAAGGGAGAGGAAGAUCACCUCCCAAAAACGGAGGAUAAGAGGACUUUCGUAGUUUUAAGGCAGACUUUUGAUAACCCGAAAAAUUAUUGGGUCAUGUACGCCUAUGUGAGAGACGCCCCUUCCGACUCGAAGGACGCCGUCGAUGUCGCGGGGAGCAAGAAAUUCGUCGAAUUCGACACGUGGGACCAUCGUGGUCAUUAUGGCAACGAGGCCAUCACAUUCGGCCACACGACCUGUCAUUCCAGCCCGUUCGUACCGUGCCGAGUGGACGAUGCGGAUAACAAUGUUUUCGAAGAGGCAAAAACCGUCGAGACGGAUGAGGCCGAUUAUCCCGACGAUUUCUUGGCCGCACCGCCACCAGCAUUGCCUAAAUUCCAGGCGGUAACUACUUCAGGAUUCAAUGUGGCAGCAAAUUACGAUUUAUUCGCCGACUUGGACGAUGACGCUUUGCAAGCCAUGUUCUUCGGGAAGACCAUUCGCGCUACGGCGAUUGGAGAAUCCAUCCUGGAAGCGGCAAAACCCACGUUGCAUGCCCUGUUCAAGAAACUUGCUCCCGCCGUUGAUCCCAUGGUCGGGGCGGAGGUGGCUAUAGCGGCGGCAACGGCCGCCGUCGACGUUCCCGCCGCCGUCGUCAAGGCGAAAGCUAUUUCCACCACGAUAUCCCAAGUAGCACAAGAAUUCCUCAAGCAACUUGGUGUCCUCGGCCUCCUCUCGGACCCACUCAUCGCCGCCAAUAAAACCCUCACCCCCGACGUGGGCCGCAUUCUGGGCACCCUUAUCCUCAAAGGCCUCCUCAACAUUAAGCCCAAUCUGAACGGGGGCGAGGUGAAACUCGUCCAUCCAAAUCCCGCCCUUUCCGUGGACAAUGACGUCAUCACCCAGCUCGUCGGCGGGGGCGCGGGACCCCUUUCGACCGCAAUUCAGCUCCAAGGAAGUGAGGCUGUCGCGCUUCAAAACCUGUUUCAAAAAACGACCGGUUUGGGUGACAUUUUUGACGAGAGUGCCGUUUCCGACAUUGCGGCCGCCUUGAUUCCCGUUUUGACCGGGGCGGUAAAAACGUUACCGGCGUUACCGACGUUGCCCGUGUUAAACAGCGUUCUCCCGCUGAAUAAUGUACUAGCGUUGAAUAGCGUGAAGGACGAGGUGACCAAUACGAUCAGCGGGGUGGGAGAUACGGCAAAAACGGCGGGAGUCAAAAUUGCCACGAGUGCAACGAUGGGGGAGAAAGUGGCGGCGGCGAAGGAUGCGAUGAACGGGAUGAUGGGGAUGCUAGGAAAAUCCUUGGGGACCGUGGUUUCUGGAGAGUUGAAGGGUGUAACGGGAGGGUUGGGGAAUUUGACGGGUAACAUUUUACACGGGGAAGCAGUUGCUGGUUUAACCGAUAAAUUGGGUGGAUUAACGGGAGGCCUAGGACUCUUGGGGGGUGGGGGACAGGGUCUGCUCGGUGCAGUCUCAGGGGGUGGAUUGCUAAGCGGGAGUGGCGCUUUAAGCGGGCUCCUAGGCGGUUUGGGCCUCGGUAAAUCUAAAGUUAGCGGCGCGGCGAGUACCGCUUUUUCUUCCGCGAAAGGAGGCAUGUCUGCCGCUGGCGGGGCGGCUUCUAGCGCUAUGGGAAUGUUCGGUUCCAUGAUGGGUGGCGGUGGCAGUAGCGGUGGCGGUACCGGGAGAUCCAUGGAUGCUGCGGGACCCGCGAAACCCAAAAAAUUUGGAUUCUUUCGACGAUCUGUGGAAAACGUCAACUACGGUUUAAAUAGCGACGAUGGGAAACGUUCCGUACGAAAGGUGGUGGAUGACAUCAUGAUUCUGGAUCUAGGUGACGGCAACAUGGGACCUUUCGGCCCGAAUUCGGCCCCUCUCCUCAACCGAAAACGUCGCGACCUUGAACCUUAUCCUGGUUAUGACGAAGCCGAAAACGAAUUCCGAUUCGAUAACGAUCCCGACGUUCAUUUCCAUCGACGCAGCGAUUACCACGAUAACGACGAAGUAGAACACGCCGAUUUUCGGCGGGAAUACUCUGAUCCUGAACCCAUCGAAGAACAACAACACCCCGAUUUUCGGCGGGAGUUCGGUAACCAAGAACCUAUCGAAGCACAAUCCGAAAUUGACCUGCAACGACGUCAAGAUCCUCCCCCGCCAGAUGCUCCUCCCCCAGAGGGUGCACCUCCCCUUGAGGGUGGACCUCCCCCGGCGGACGGUGCCCCUCCUCCUCCCGCCGACUCAGGUGCUUCUCUUGGAAGUGGUGAGAAUCCCAAUGUUUUGGGGAAUGCGCUUGGCGGACUUGUAGCGGGAAUUGGAAAUGCUGCCUCGUCCAUAUCAGACAGUCCACAUUCGGGAGAAAACACGGGUGUUCUGGCAAACUUGGGAAAUGGUUUGACACAAACGUUAGGCGGAGUUAGUGGAACAUUAGCGGGAGCUGGGCACGGUGUUGGACACGUGGUUGACGGACUUCAAGAAGGCGUCGGCAACUUGGUUACCGGUCUGGGCGUCGGGCUGAGUGACGGUUUAGGUCAAAUUGUAGAUGGCGACCUGGUUGGCGGGGUGGGUUCCGUAUUGGGCGGGACAGUGGCAGGUGUGGGCGGAGCGUUGACCGGAAUUGGGGGCGGUUUGUUCAAUUUGGGGACUUCUGUGGGAUCCGGACUUCUUAGUACGGGGCAAGGAUUAGGAAACACUUUGGCGGGAACGUUGGGAUCUUUAGGAUCUGGACUUUUUGGUACACUUGGUCGCAAGAAAAAGCGGGAUUUGGAAUCAACUCUAAGAUCUCGACGAAUGGAGGAGGAUCAAAAUUUUGCGAAAUUCUUUGACGACAUCGACGAUGGUGCAAAUUUGGUCAGAAUUACGAUCAACGCCCGACAAGCGGAGGAGGAACCACAAAAUAACAUCCCUUCCAUGUUUGACCAACUUUUUGGCCAUGUGCGUUCAAGAAAACGCCGCGUUCCGGACGAUGAACCUACCACGACUGCAGAACCGGAAACCACGACGGAACUAAAUGUAGAUAAAGCCGCCGACGACGUCGUGGCAGCUUUGUACAGAAAGACGACUGAGAAACCAGGGGCGACAACUACACCCGCCCCGGUCGCAACUGUGCAAGUUGUAACCACACAUGGAGGUUAUAAGGGCGGCCUGCAUGGAGGGCUCCUGGGUGCAGUGGGCGGGCUUCUUGGUCGUCGUCGACGUCGUCGAUCUCCUGAUGAUGAUGACGCAGCAACAACUCCCGGUCCUGACGCUGCCACCACCCCAGCGCCACCUGGCGCAGCCACCACCACCCCAAAACCAGGAAAGGAUGAAGAAUCAGAGGAAUCUGAAGAAGACGAGAAGAAACCCGCCGAGAAAAAACCCGAAGAAAAGAAAACCGAUGAAAAGAAGGGCGAAAAAGAGAAAAAGAAGAAAAAGGAUAAGAAGAAGAAGAAAAAGAAGAAUAAGAAGAAGGAAAGUGAAGGUGACUCAAGCGAAGCAGCCCCGGCGGCGCCCAAAAAACCGGCUGCCCCAAUAACCUUACUCGGCGGUUUGGGCGGUCUGUUAGGGCGCAGGAGGAGAAAUGCGAUGCCUGAGGAUAAAGAUGAUGACGUCACCACCACCGAAAAACCAGCGUCCGGAGUUGCAGAAAAAGUCGGUGCCAAAACUCCACUAGGGCCUGAAAUCUCUGUUUCUGGCGUCCCUACCAAAAAAGUUGGUGGGCUUCUUGGCGGACUUGGCGGGCUUCUCGGUCGUCGUAAGAAGAGAUCAUACUAUUUGUCUCAAUCCGAAGAAGAACUCGAGGCACAGCUUGAAAAAGAAUUUGCGCGCGAAGAGCGCCAAGAUGCCGCACCCGCAGAUGCACCACCGGCAGAUGGCGCGGCACCAGCCCCGGCCGGUCCAGGCGGUUUACUGGGUGGAUUAGGCCUUGGAGGCGGUGGUGGCGGUUUAUUAGGCGGAUUGGGCCUGGGCGGCGGUGGUGGGGGUUUGUUAGGCGGUUUGGGCAGUAUUGGAGGAGGCUUACUUAGCGGGCUGGGUACGGGCGGCGGUAUACUAGGCUCACUCGGUGCCGGCGAUAUACUUUCCAAUGGCGGGCUAGCCGCCGGUCUCGGCGGGGUGACUGGUGCAGCUGGCGGGCUUUUAUCCGGCCUGACCGGCGGCGCUAUCGGCGGACAACCGGACGACGGCAGUUUCUCCUCAAUGGCUAAGGACGCCGCCGCCAUCGCAAUAACGGACAAACUCAUGGGGGAAAAUAAUACCGGUCCGACACAAAUCGGGUCCACCAUAGCGGAAGGGAUUGGCGGGAAAUUGGACUCCGUUCUCCCCACGGGGGGAUUAAUGGGGUCAUUCUUAGGCAAAAUUGGGCGCGGCAUGGACGCCACGGUGGGUGCCGCGGGAAAAUCAGCGUUUGGAAAUAUAGGGCGGGAAACCCUUAAGGGUGCCGUGAAGGGCGUAAUGAACACGGGAAUUGGUGGGAUGUGGAGAAGGAAACGACGCCAAGCGCCCGGGGUCAAGGUCACGUCGAAAAGUAAUGUUGACCUUUUCACGACCUUGGGAUGGGUCGGGUUGGAGGGAAAAGACGACCCGCCCGGGGCAGGGGCCGCCUUUAUUGGGUUCGGCCCGUGUAAAAAGAUGGCGCCCGGGGAGGCUGGGAAACUUAGCGGAUUGGAUGGGGACGCCGUCGUGACCUUUUUUCUGACCUUGUUGAGAGUUCAGUGUCUGGAAAGUAAGGUGAAAGAGGUGAAGGAAUUGUUGACCAAGAAGUACUUGAUCGUUGGGGCUGAUAAGUAUUUCACGGUACCGGAGGACCUAGCAGUUUUGAAAAACCGCAAACUCACCCUGGAAGAAUCCACCCUACUCUCCCGCGCUCUACAACUUGCCUCCUUCUCGCAGGUAAUAGUCGCCCAAUUAAAACCCGACGCGCCUCCCGCCGACCUUAAAGAAGUCGUCGCGCUCACCUUAAACAACUCUAACCCCACAAUCGUCACCAUGAUGCGUUUCGGACUUCGGCACUUGACUCAAGCCAAGAGUUUAGCAGGGCCCCAUUUAAUCAAAUUGAGCAGGAAUAUGGUCAAAGCGCUAAAAUCUGCGCUCACCAAGGUCACCCAGGAUUAUAUGGUCGCCUCUUUCUCGACGAAAUAUACUCCCGCCGAAAAACAAGCCGCGUUCGAAAACGUGUUCCAUUUGGCGGGACUUAUCCACUUUUAUAUCAAUGGGCUCACCCCGAUUCAAAAUGGACAGGAUGUACUCACAACGUAUGACGCAUUCUUGAAGUCGAACGACAAGGAAAUUUAUAAAAGAACGUUGCUCUAUUGUGCCUUCGAUUCGUAGAUUAUGCAAAUUUGUAAAUUAUUUAAGUAUGCAAAUUUUAAAUUAUUUAAAUAUGCAAAUUUUAAAUUAUUCACAUUUUUAUAACAUUUUAAUUAUUUAUUUCGUCUCAUUAAAAAAAUAAUAUGUAACGCAUGCGCAAAAAGAAGGUGAGAAAAAAAGAAUCAUUGAUCUAGAAUUGGAAAAUUUUUUUCGCUCCAGACAAAAAAUUAAAGUGCAAAAAGAUACUUUUUACA